AUGAGAAAUAACCAUUUAUCUAUUAUUUAUAUCGUUGGAUUAUUAGCUUCAUGUUGUUUGGCAGCCGAUAACUACUUGAUGCAACAAACAUUUGCACCAUAUUCUAAUUGCAAUGGUGAAGCUCUAACCACACAAUAUUACAAAACCAAUACAUGCUUCAAUUCAACCUAUGUUACUUGCAGUACAGAAGAAGGAGUCUCCACUUUACUUACUUAUGAAUAUGAAGAUUGUAGUGGUGCCGUUAUUACAACCAAUAAAGGAUGUAAACUUCAAUUCAAAUCUUCCGAUGUAUUAUACAACACCAAUUGUAUAAAUAAUGGUGAAAACCAAUCAACCAUUACAAUUUGUUCAUAA